CUCUCUUAAAAAUGAGGUUUUGCACACGAAACCUCUCCUUUCUCAUUCUCUUCCUCUUUGGCUUUCUUGCUGCCUCAUACGCUCGUGAAUGUAGCCCUCCAAAGCCAUCACCUAAACCUCACAAACCACCAAAACAUUCUGUCGUCCCACCUAAACCACCGGCAGUGAAACCGCCUAAACCACCCUCCGUUAAACCACAUCCCUACCCUAAACCCCCCACAAAACGUCACCCACACCCGAAACCUCCCUCUAUAAAACCACCUCCGCCAUCCCCCAAACCACCUAAACGACACCGCCACCCUAAACCACAUCCACAUCCGAAACCUCCCACUAAAAAGCGACACCCUCACCCUAAACCACCCACCAUCAAACCACACCCUCACCCUAAACCCCCUACAAAACCUCCAACCAUUAAACCCCCUCCGUCAACUCCUAAACCACCCUCCGUGAAGCCUCCGCCAUCAACUCCUAAACCUCCUCCGACGAAGCCUUCUCCGUCUAUUCCCAAACCACCUACCCACAAGCCUCCACCAUGUGCACCAACACCGCCCAUAGCAACGCCACCAGUGGCCGCCCCACCAGUCGCCACACCACCUGUUGCAACGCCACCAAUUGCAAAACCACCCGUCGCAACACCACCUACUGUAACACCACCAACUGUUGCCCCACCCAUUGCAACUUCUCCUAUUGUAACACCACCAAUAGCAAAACCGCCCGUCGCAACGCCACCUGUUGCAACUCCACCUAUCGUAAAACCGCCCAUUGCGGCACCCCCUAUUGCAACUCCACCAAUUGCAAAACCACCUGUCGCAACUCCGCCCAUUACAACUCCUCCCAUUGCAACUCCGCCUAUUGCAACUCCUCCGAUUGCAAAGCCGCCUGUUGCCACUCCGCCUGUCGCAACUCCUCCUAUAGUAACACCACCUAUUGCAUCUCCACCGAUCGCAACACCACCUAUCGCUAAUCCACCUGUUGCAACUCCUCCAAUUGCAAAGCCACCAGUAGCAACUCCUCCCGUCGCAACACCACCAGUCACACCGCCUCCUGUUGCAACCCCGCCCAUUGCAAAACCACCAGUUGCAACACCUCCCUCUGCAACACCACCAGUAGCAACACCACCUAUUACUAAGCCGCCUAUCUCAACUCCGCCAGUAGCAACACCUCCCGUUGCAACCCCACCCGUUGCAAAACCACCAAUUGCAACACCUCCCUCCGCAACACCACCAGUAGCAACUCCACCUACUGCUAAGCCGCCUAUCGCAACUCCGCCAGUAGCAACCCCGCCUAUCGCAACUCCGCCAGUAGCAACCCCACCUAUAGCAAAGCCACCUGUCGCGACCCCUCCUGUUGCAACUCCGCCCAUUGCAAAACCACCAGUUGCAAUGCCUCCCUCCACAACACCACCAGUAGCAACUCCACCUAUUACUAAGCCGCCUGUCGCAACUCCGCCAGUAGCAACACCUCCCAUUGCAACCCCGCCUAUAGCAAAACCACCAGUCACGAUGCCUCCUGUAGCAACCCCGCCCAUUGCAAAACCACCAGCAGCAACACCUCCAGUAGCAACUCCACCUAUUGCUAAGCCGCCUGUCGCAACUCCACCAAUAGCAACACCUCCCGUAGCAACUCCACCUAUAGCAAAGCCACCUAUCGCGACACCUCCUGUUGCAACCCCGCCUAUUGCAAAGCCACCAAUUGCAACACCACCAAUAUCAACUCCACCUAUUGCUAACCCGCCUGUCGCAACUCCUCCAGUAGCAACACCUCCCGUUGCAACCCCACCUAUAGCAAAACCACCUGUAGCUACCCCACCUGUUGCAACUCCGCCCAUUGCAAAACCACCAGUUGCAACUCCUCCCUCUGCAACACCGCCUGUUGCAACACCGCCUAUCGCAACACCUCCUGUCGCAACACCACCUAUCGCAAAACCACCUGUUGUAACACCACCUAUUGCAACACCGCCUAUAGCAAAACCCCCAAUUGCAACUCCACCGAUAGCAAUGCCGCCUGUCACAGCGCCGCCCAAAUCUUCGCAUAAGCCGAAUACUUGCCCAAUUGACACGUUGAAGCUAGGAUCAUGUGUUGACGUUCUUGGAGGUUUGGUUCACAUCGGAAUUGGAAAAAGUGCCAAAGAAAAGUGUUGUCCAAUUUUAGAAGGUUUAGUUGACCUAGACGCAGCUGUUUGUCUAUGUACCACUAUUAAAGCUAAGCUUCUCAACAUCUACCUCAUUUUUCCCAUAGCUCUUGAGGUUCUCCUUGGUUGUGGGAAAAAACCACCACCUGGCUUUCAGUGUCCCGCCGAAAUGUCACCGGUUGCAGCACCUCCGGUAGCAAAGCCUCCUAUGGCAACUCCACCCAUUGCAAAACCGCCAGUUGCAAUGCCGCCUAUCGCAACUCCUCCUAUAGCAAAACCGCCAGUAGCAACACCUCCCAUCGCAAAAUCACCUAGUGCAACUCCUCCCAUUGCAACACCGCCAAUUUCAAUGCCUAAGCCAAAUACUUGUCCAAUUAACACUUUGAAGCUAGGCGCGUGCGUUGACGUUCUUGGAGGCUUGGUUCACAUUGGAAUCGGAAGUAACGCUAAAGAAAAGUGUUGUCCAGUUUUGGAAGGUUUAGUUGAUCUAGACGCAGCCGUUUGUUUAUGUACCACUAUUAAAGCCAAACUUCUCAACAUCAAUCUCAUUCUCCCUAUAGCUCUUGAGGUUCUCCUUGAUUGUGGGAAAAAACCACCAUCUGGCUUCAAAUGUCCCGCCUGAUCAGUAUAAAGUGAUGUGAGUCUCUCGACGAAUUUUCAUGUUUCGUUUCAAGAAUUUGUUGGUUUCAUAAUAUAUAUCUUUGGUAACAUGGGUUUACUUGCAUGUGUGCAACCUUAGUUACGUGUUUCAUUUACGACAAUAAAUGGUUUGUUUGUGUUUGAGAUCUCAGUUUCUUUUGGUAUUGUAUCUUUAAGAAAGAAGAGAAGCUAUAAAACGAUAUAGCUUUUACUUUUAGUA